CCUUUCCUUCAUUCCAGAAAAAGGAAAACCCUAGGGCAGAGAAAGCCCCAAAUCGUGGAGAAGAGAAGAUUGUGGAGAGAAGAGUCGGAUAGGGUUUCUUAGGGGAGCGAUAAUUUCUGGAAUUUUGCCAGGUUUUUCAAUGAUAAUUUCUGUUUCUCUUGGGAUAGAUUUGAGUAGAAAUAAUAUGGAGGGUCCAUUACCAGCAUUCCCUAUAAUGUCACAUCCAUAAACCUCUCAAAAAAUAGGUUUUCUGGGUCAAUUUCUUCGCUUUGUACCAUAACUAGUAUGAUCCCUAAUUUCCUUGAUCUUUCCCACAUUAACUGUUUGGACAGCUUCCUAAUUGCAUUGACAGGAUGGACGAGUCUAGUAAUUGUGAAUUUGGCUAAUAAUAAACUAUUUGGGAAAAUUCCAAGCUCUAUUGGAUCUUUGUACCAGCUUGAAACGUUUGAUUUGUGCAACAACAAUUUCUCUGGAGAAAUACCUUGGUCUUUAGGGAAUUGCAGUGCCUUGCAAUUUGUGGACUUGAGUUAUAAUAGAUUCUCUGGAAUAAUACCAGCUUGGAUUGGAGAAAGGCUAAGAUCACUAGCUUUCCUUCUCCUGAGAUCCAAUGAUUUCAAUGGAGACGUGCCCUUUCAGUUAUGCUGGUUGACAAAUAUUAUGCUACUGGACCUCUCCAACAACAAUCUAUCUGAAAGCAUACCAAGCUACAUUGACAAAGCAUCUGUAAUGUGGAAAGGAAUGGAAUGUGAUUAUGGGGAUGGUCAGCUUCCUUGGAGCAUGUCCCAUUUAAAUUUUCUCAACACUUUGAACCUGUCAUAUAACAACUUUUCUGGAAGAAUCCCAUUAUCAACCCAAAUGCAGACCUUUGAUGCUUCUGCAUUUGUUGAUAAUCCUGAACUCUGUGGGCUUCCUCUAAGACCAACUUGCCUAGAAGAAGAAAAAUCAAAGAGCAAACCAACAGACUGUGGUGGCAAAGACAACAAAAGAAGACGGAGUAGAAUUCUGGAAAUCGUUUGAACCGAGUAUGAAACUAGGAGCAAUCAUUGGUUUUGUGGGAGUUUGGCUGUGAAGUUAGAUCAUCCUUGGAAACGUCUGUUGUUCAACAAUAUGAGAGUCUGCCUCGGCAACUUGAAAGACUGCCUUUAUUUAAUUGUAGCAACAUUUGGUUUGCUGGUGACAGAGUAUGUCUCCGGAUUGUGAAUAAAAUUGAAGUUUUAAG